CUUAAGCAAUAAACAGUAGUCCUUAUGCUAUUGUAGACACACUCUGUUGUCCAGUCCUGUGCACAAGCAACGCGGCACAAGCUUAGUUUAAGCUCUUCGUCGUCAGCAGCUGACACGACCGCGUCACGCCUCCCUGGCUAGCUCUACCAGCGUGCAGGGGACUUGAUAUCGUCACUCACCUACGUGCUCCGGCCCUCUGUGCGAAACCCUUGUUCGCGGAGAUGUUGCUCUCCGGUCGCUUCGCCACUCGGUGUCCCUGUCGCCGGACUAGGUCAUCAUGGUCAGUGCGUCCCGCUGCGGCACCUGCAAGGCGUGUGACGCGGUGUCAGUAUCAGGUGGAGCGUGCUCAGCACGUUGAGCUUGGCGAGCCAGAGUAUGCGGAGGCGCUGGCACCCGAUGUUGCCGAUCCUGAAGAUGGUACUGUCGUUGUUCAAGACGACCUCGACCAGCUUCUAACGUUGCUGCCCGAGGACAUUCGCGAGCCGCUCGUCAACCAUCCGCAGCGUGCAAGUCUCGUGGAGGUGGUUCUGGACCUGGGCCGCCAGCCCGAGGCGCGCUUCCAGGGCAUACCCGCCGGCGAGUACCUGCGCAAGCAGGAGGUCACACCAGCGGACCUGGAGGCGGCAGUUGCGGCCGUGGGCGACUUCGGCGCCGACAACCGCGCGGGUGUGCCGGGCACGCUCCACCGCAUCAGCGCCAUCCGCAACCGCCGCGGCGCCAUCAUCGGCCUCACCUGCCGCGUGGGCCGCGCCGUGAGCGGCCACAUCGCCAUGCUCAAGGACCUCGUGGAGAGCGGCCACUCUGUGCUGCUGCUGGGGCGGCCAGGUGUGGGCAAGACCACCGUCAUCCGCGAGAUGUGCGCCACGCUGGCUGACGAGUACCGCAAGCGUGUGGUGAUUGUGGACACCAGCAACGAGAUCGGCGGCGACGGCGACGUGCCGCACCCAGCCAUUGGCGGCGCUCGCCGCAUGCAAGUGGCGGACGCGCUGCAGCAGCACGCCGUCAUGAUCGAGGCUGUGGAGAACCACAUGCCGCAGGUGGUGGUGGUGGACGAGAUCGGCACGGAGGCGGAGGCGCUGGCGUGCCGCACCAUUGCGGAGCGCGGCGUGCAGCUCAUCGGCACGGCGCACGGCUGCCUGCUGGAGAACCUGAUCAAGAACCCCACGCUGUCGGAUCUGGUGGGCGGCGUGGCGCCGGUGACGCUGGGAGACGAGGAGGCGCGGCUGCGGGGCACCCAGAAGACGAUUCUUGAGCGCAAGGCGCCGCCCACGUUCCCCAUUGUGGUGGAGAUCCGCGCCCGCAACUUCUACGUGGCCCACUGGGUGGAGGACAGUGUGGACCAGCUGCUGCUGGGGCGCAUGCCCGUGGUGCAGGUUCGCGAGCGCGACGCCACCCAGGCGCACGGCCUGCGUGUGUCUGAGCUGUCGUACGACCAUGUGCCCGACCCCGAGCGCACCGCCGACCCCUCCCGCAACUCCUGGGAUGAGGACUACGAGGCGGCUCUGCGGGACAUGCACGGCAGCGGCGGCGGCCCCUCGGCAGGCAACUGGGCAUGGGCCGAGAAGAUCCGCGCGCGCAGCAAGGAAGCGGGCGGGCCGGGCCAGGGCGCCGCUGGUGCGGGUCUGCCUGGGAGCGGCGGCAUGGCGGGACCCGGCACGCGGUCGUUUGCGAUCGCGGGACGCAGCGCGGGUCCCAAUGUGCCGCCUCCGCCGGCCGUGGGCGCGAAGAAGGCUCCCAAGAAGGGCAAGAAGUAAAAGCAUGGGCCUUGGCAUAGGCUGCUGAGUUGGAGCUGCUGAGUGAGGGGUGCGUGGAGCGAUUGAUGAUAAUGGUGAUGGCGAGCGUCGGACCUGUAGAUAUGAGGGGCGGGCAGUGAGGGGAUGCGGUACUGCCUGGCCACGCCCGAUGAAGGCGACCCGCCUUAAGGUGCGGGGCGUGUAAUUGUAUGGUUGGUGCCGGUGCGGUGCGUAGCUGGCACCCGUGGUGUUGUUGAGUAUGUGCUGGUGCCCAGAAUGUUUGCUUUGAGAAGACCCAACCAAUGUGUAUUGUAUUCUUGUUUUGUCGCUUGUUUGUUUUCAAGCCGUUGUACAAAAUUGUCGUGGCCAAUGUGAUGUGUACGGUAUGCAGCUGUGCGUCGGAUGUGUGGGGUGUCAGCAUUUGGCGAAGUGGACGUGCACAGGCCAUGGCAGCGCAACGCACUCGGCCGAAUGUGCUUGCUGUGAGUGUGUAUGUGUGUAUGUGUGAAUUGCGCUCAGCUAUACAUAUUUAUGUGACACGAUGAAGGGCCUGUCCGCGGCCCAGGAGCAGGGACAGCAUGAUUGCAUAUGUGCCCCUGCCAGAAGCAGUUGUGUUCGCGUGUGUAGCGUCAGGACUGGUUGCAGAUCCUGCGCGACUGGGCCCUUGGCCUCUUGCGCUAUGGACGCGCGGGCCCGGGUGUGGGCCAGGGUCUCCUGCUGCAUGGAGGCGUUCAUAGGGCUGCGGACCCGCUACGGCCACCAUGCAACAGUGGGAGGCGCGUGGGUGUCUGUGGACGGACGGAGGCCAUGACAGCACCAAUGGGGCGUGCACGGUGUAUGUGUGGUUUGCCAUGCCUGUGUCGUCAUGAAGUGGGUGUGCCGUGUCUCGUGUGGAUGUAGCCGCAGACGCGCGCACAAGUCAGACGGGAACAGGGUGGUGGAAGUUGAUCGGGCCACCCGUGUAAGCUUGCACGGAA